AUGGCCGCUGCUGCAAUAUGGGAUGCUGAGUCCACUGUCGCACAGCUCGCUCUGUUCGGAACUCGGCCGGCUUUCACGCUGCUCGUGUUGACCUCAGCUGCGCUUUGGCGGAGAUAUGCAAGACUCUUGCGGGAGUUGGCUUGGCCACGAUCCAUCCUGCUGUUGGGCGGAAUUGAGUUCCGUGACCUUGGUGAUGAUCGAGCAGCAAACAUGUGCAAGCUCCUGAACCGCGGAGAGUGCAAAUGGCAGGAUUUGAAGCCUGUGCAAGGCAUAGCGCACCACUGGGCCUUCGGAGCCGUAGCAUAUGAUGAGUUUAUCUACGUGGUGGGAGGGCUUCAGGCUGUAGAUCCACCGCAUGGACAAGCUGAGUCCGUUUUCCACCCUGGUUUGGGCAGCUUCAACGUGAACACCGGUGAAUGGAAGCCACUGCCUCCAAUACCUGCUUUGGAGAGCAAACGCCACAUACCAGCCUUGCUGGGAGAUGAAAUCUAUGUGUUUUGCGAACUGGGUGAGCGCAUGUCGCGAGCAACCUUUUGUUACAACAUCAAGUCCCGCCAAUGGUCUGAAAAGGCCUCCAUGCCGGACGGAGGCUUCGAUGACCAGUGCUGCAGUACAACUGCGGCUGGCAGCUGGGAGGUUCUACAAGACCUGCCAACAUGCCGAUAUUAUUGCUUCCCACUGCUGGCAAUUGACGGCGAGCUCUUCGCGAUUGGUGGACACCUAGAAUCGCGCGAGAUUCAGCAGCUUGGGGAAAUUGAAAGCUACAACCCCAAGACUAGGCGCUGGACAUCGCGUCCACCUUUACCCAGUGGUCGGGAAGGUCACUGUGCUAUAGUCGUGGAUGGGAUGCUCUAUGUGGUUGGCGGAACAAUUGCAGAUGCAACGCGCUCAGCAGAUCCCGUGCAAGACGAUGCUAGGAAGGCCAGUGUUAUCGCAGCACAGGUCGAAAAGUUUGUGGCCAGCGUUUCCUCUGCGAAUGGAAGCACCUCGCUUCCGUGGUCUGUGUGCAUGCUUCAGAACGACCCUUUCACAAAAGAUGGUGUCAUCUGGCUUGAGCACUUCAGUGCUGUGGCUACCUACGCAGACCUGGAUCUGCCUGCCUAUAAUGUCAGCCCUUCGCAGGCGAACAUGGGACUCGAGUGGACCUCACUCUAUGUGGAGACCUUCCUCACAGUUUUGAAGCACGUUUCCAUCAUCGCUCUGCUUUGCCACUUCACGGCAUGCGCCUGGUAUGCCUUGGGUGACCUCUCGUCCGACGAGAUGACCUGGAUAGCCACGUACAGGGAGAAGCUGAACCUUCCGGAGGAAACUGGCUGGUCCUUCUUCUACGCCCUCUCCCUCCACUGGGCUCUCACCCAGUUCACGCCUGCGGCCAUGGAUGUUGUGGCAGUCAACACCCCGGAGCGACUGUUCUCGCUCUUUGCGACACUCUCCGGCCUCAUUAUGUUCAGCUUCUUCAUUGGCUCCAUCAACCAGUCUCUCGCACGCUUCAGCACGCUGACUGCGCAGGAGGUGAAAACAAGCCAGAUGGUGAGACGAUAUGUGACUGAGAAGCGAGUGUCGGUGGAGCUCUCGGCAGACAUCCUCCGCUGCAUCCGUCAGCGUGGUAUUGGCAGGGAGACCAGCAAAGUGGUCUUCGGCGACAUCCCUGCUCUGAAGCACUUGCCGGACAAGGUGCGGUCAGCGCUGAAGCAGGAGGUGGGGAUGCCGAUACUGGAAACCCACGGCAUGAUUCGACAUGCCGCAUUAAUCAACUAUGGCGAUGUGGCUCCGCUCUGUGCGAAUGCUCUUCAGGAGCUGAGUGUCGUCUACCGGGAGGAGCUUUUCCAAGCCGGUGCCAAAGGUGAGCUGAUGUACUUCGUCCGGGAUGGCAAGCUGGCUUACAGCUGGGAUGAGACCCCUCAUCUGGUCGAGGAUGUCCUGCCUGACAUGCGAGUUAGCGAAGCAGUGCUCUGGUUGAACUGGGAGUACCGCGGCCGCCUAGGCUGUGGUUCGCAGAGUGCGCACAUUUUUCAGCUUGAUGGCGAUGGCUUCCGGAAGGUGAUUGCCCGGAGCACCCACAUGGAUCUCUUCGCCCUCUAUGCUCGGCUCUUUGUGAAAAUGAUCUCCGACUGCUACAACUGCAUUGAGGAAGAAGCAACGGAUCUGUUCGGCGAUGAUGAGCAGGUCAGCAAGAUGUUACGUCUUUCCAGCUUACUGACUGCUGGGAAUGACUCGGUGGACAUUCGCGCCGUCUUCCUGGCCUGGAAGGGAGAGGCAGCAGCCGCACAGCUCCCUUUGCGGCAGGUUCGGCGGACGCUUCUAUGCGUUCCUCGCUUGGCGCGCGCGCUGUUCCGUUUCCGGCGCCAGUCUUCGCCAUCGUCGCACAGCGGCGGCGACGACGAUGUGUAG